AUGUUGUUGUCAACAUUGAGCAAUACCUCCUGGGUGACAAUCGGUCUUUGGGGACUUGCGGCUGUCUCCCCCGUCUAUGCAUUCCCUGCGCAGCCCGCAAUCACGGAACGAGCGCAACUCGCACCAGCGAUAGAGGCUCGCGACCCGCGACUGAUCCCCGACACCGAGGCAUACCUCGCCAACCUCUUCGACCUGCUGGGCAUGAGUAUCGAUAUCAGCUCAACUCCAGGGACAACACUGACGCCUACACCCACCACUUCAGCCUCGAGCACAGCCUCUCCGACAAUUUCCUCCACGGACAGCAUGACUGAUGACUCCCGGGUGCAUGAUCAGAAGGACACCCGUCCAACGCCGAUGCCGGCGCCUGUUGUUGAAAAUGCGGGAUUCAUCACCUCGGCGAAUGUCCAGCAUGGAGACGAUAAGCCGAUUCAGAAUGUGCAAAUCGGUCCGGGUUACCAGGGAGAGAAGAAGUUGGAGGCGUCGGACCUACCGGUCAUCUUUGCGGCCGUGGAGACGGAGGUUGCGGCUCGGUUGCGGAAGGCAUGGGAUAGUUCUGAUGAAAUUGGACUGAAGGAUCCCUUCGGACUUUGA